AUGGAAAAGGAAGAGCAAAAGUGGGAGCAGCCAGCUAUGGAGGAAGAAGAAGAAGAAGAAGAGCAAGAAAGUACUUUGGUUGUAAGAAAAUCAAGAAAUGCUAAUGGAAUUAAAGCAACUGAAAUUGCUGAAGUUGAUGAUGGUGAGGUGACCACUAAUGGAGUUUCUGAGAGCAAUGGGCUCUCAGAAAAUGAAGCUGAAAGCUCAGAUUUACCAGCAAACCCUGAAAAUGAGCAAAAAAUAGAGAAUGAAGCUGAAAGUUCAGAUUUACCAGCAAACCCUGAAAAUGAGCAAAAAAUAGAGACGCCGCUUGAAGUGGUGCUUGAAAAUGAACCAGCAGCCAUAAAUGGGGAGCAGAAAAUAGAGAAGCAGCUUGAAGGGGUGCUUGAAAGUGAACCAGAAGCCAUAAAUGCGGAGCAGAAAAUAGAGAAGCAGCUUGAAGGGGUGCUGGAAAGUGAACCAGAAGCCAUAAAUGCGGAGCAGAAAAUAGAGAAGCAGCUUGAAGGGGUGCUUGAAAGUGAACCAGAAGCCAUAAAUGCGGAGCAGAAAAUAGAGAAGCAGCUUGAAGGGGUGCUCGAAAAUGAACCAGCAGCCAUAAAUGGGGAGCAGAAAAAGGAGGCUCUUGUUUUCUUUGAUAAAGUUGAAGGAAUAUGGAAAUGUCGAAUCUGCACUUGGACAUAUCGGAAUGGGAGUGGACGUGUUGAUCAUAUUCACAAUCAUGAAGGGCUUAUGCAUAAGCUGAUGACUGUCAAAACCUUAAAUUUUGAAUCUGAAGGUGAUGAUCCAACACGUAUAAAUUUUGAAGCUUCCCAAAUUUCAUCUCUAGAAGAUAAGCCAAGUCAUAAUAAAUCCUCGGACGAGAUAGAAAGUGCUGAUGUUGACCUCAUUGACAAUGAUGACUUGGAAGUAGCGGAACUAGACGUUGAGAGAGUAAUAAAGAAGCAAAACACGCACGAUUUGUAUUGUCCCAACUGCAAUAGUUGUAUCACAAGGAGAGUUAUUCUUCGUAAAAGAAAACGUCGAGUUCGAACUUCCGAUGAAGAGGCUAAACGUAACAAAACGGAAAAUGUGGUUGGGUCCACUUUGGGCAAGGACUCGGUCCAAUCUCAUGGGGACCAUGUUCAUGAUGAGGACACAGCUGAUAAUAUUGAUGCUCAAAUACCGACUGUAAAUGAAGUUGAACGUGAAAGUGGUCCUGAGGUAUUCAGAUGCUUAUCAUGUUUCAGCUUCUUUAUUCCAACAGGGAAUGGAUUCAAGUUGUUCAGGAAAUUUGGGGACAGAAGUAGGAAUGAAAAACUCGAGGAAGAACAAGCCCCACGAGCGAAAAAAAACUGGUUCACCUCCAUGUUUGCAUCAAAUAAGCCGGAAAUUGCUGUUGAGCAAGGGGCGCCACGUGAAGUCAUGUCGUUAGGCGGUGAGACUGGUCAGUCGUCAUCUUCACAAAAUGCUGCUUCGCAUUCUUCUGCCUCCGAAAAAAAUGUGGGUCCCGCUGGGAACAAUGAUAGUCUGGUGGAAGGUGGAGAUGAGAACAAUGAUAGUCUUAGUCUCGUCGAGAAUUUAGAUUUUUCAAAGCCAAAGCCUUCAUUGAAUGGGAUCUUACUAAAUAGUGCUGCGGGUAAACUCGAUACAACAUGGACAGAGACAAUAGAUAAGGAUGCUAUCCGGCUUUCUACGCCAGCUGCCGAGCUUAAAGCCUCUGAUGUGGACGGCAAGCUGAACAUUUCAGUGUCAAUUCCCCAUGCUGAGCAACAGGAAGUUCGAACCACCAUUCUAACCGAGUCAUUUCUCGACAAUAAACAUGAAAGUUUCAGCAGUACUGAUCAUGGUGAAGUCUACUCCACUGAACAACCUCAGCAUAUAAUAACCAAAACCAAAUUUGACAUCCACUCGGGGGAGCCAAUGAAAGUCGAAAAUGUUUCUGUAUUGAAAGGUGUUCCAUAUGCAGAAGGCAAAGAUACAGUUAUAACUAUAGAUUCACAGCCGGAUGGUUUAUCUCAAACUGUGCAAAGCAUAAGCAGUUUGUCAGAAACUGCCAGUUUAUUACAAUCUUCGCCUCAAACUACUAUUGUCGGUAGAGAGAGAACCGAAGAGAGAGAAGAGCGUGGAAUUGAAGUGAUUAAGAGCAUAAUUUAUGGUGGGCUUAUUGAAUCGAUCACUAGCUUGAGCAUCGUGUCAUCAGCUGCUGCUGGUGGUGCUGGCACAUUGAACAUUUUAGCUCUUGGAAUGGCCAAUCUCAUUGGGGGACUUUUCGUCAUCUGUCAAAAUCUCCACGAACUAAAAUGCGAAUGCCCAAUAGAGCCGCCAGCUGGCACCCAAAUCCCGAACCAAUCACCAAUAACUGACCGCUACAAAGAACUCCUCGGCCGCCGCCAGAAUUUCUUACUCCACGCAGUAGUUUCUGUGAUAUCAUACCUCGUAUUCGGAUUAGUGCCACCUGUCACCUACGCCUUCUCCUUCCGGAAAACGGACGACAGGCAGCUCAAGCUGCUGGUGACGGCAGCUGUCUCCUUUGUGUGCAUUUUCUGGCUGGCUGUGGGUCGGGCCUAUGUCCGGCGGGCCCCAAAGCCCUAUUUGAGUUCGGUUUUCACGUUUGUUGUCUUGGGGUUUAUAGCGUCUGGCGUGUCGUAUGCUGUUGGAGCACUGGCCCAGCGGCUGCUGGAGAGGCUUGGGCUGUUUGGGCCGGGCUUGGAGAACGAGGUGGUUGGGCCUGCAUGGGCUUCGUAUUGAGUGGCCUGCUUAUGGGGAAGUGCAUGGCUAAGUGGUGAAUGGUUUUUUGAGGGUUUUCAAUUUUAAGCUUUUUUUUGCAGACAUGUAAUGGAGAGGGAGCAAAAAUUUGGCAAUUUGUUCUGUAUUGUUCAUUCCUUUUUUUUCUGUUUCUUUUUUGUUAUUUCUGUUUGUUUGUUGUUAUUUCUAUGUUGUUUUGUUUCAGUUAUGUACUCAAAUGAAAUAAAUUUGCCUGUUAUUUUGGAGAGGAACAUCACUUUUUCUCUUCACCCAAAUUAAGGAACACUGUUGUACGAGGCUAACGUGAAAUCACCCAAAUUAAGGAACAGUUUGUUGUACGAGGCUAACGUGAAA